ACUCUUUAAGUAACUUAAAAUGUGAGCAUUGUCUAAGUGUAAAUCCAGUAAGUUAUAAGUGUUUAACCAUUGCAUUACAAACAUAUUUUCUGGUUUCCAGAUGAGCAUGGCAGUUUAUUACUUUAUUAUAUAUAUAUAGUAACUACCAAUUAUCACAUGUAAUAACACAUUUGACAAUUCAUUAUUUGCAAUGAAACUGACAUCAGACAAAAACACUUACAAAUAAAUAUAUGAGACAAUGGUUUGAAUGAUUUUUAUAAGAUAUUAAAAGUGAAGAUUUAAACUGACAAAACAAACAAAAACUGACAAUAAUUAACCAACAAAGUUGAGGGGUUUUGAACAAAGCAGUAUGGAACCAGUGGUGUCAGAUUUUGGUAAUCAGCCCUAUUUAUAGUUUUACACUGGCAGUACAAUAUUUUGUCAGCUUGUUACUCUAAUGAUCCAGAAUUAGGUAGAAUGAGGUAACUAUACAUUUGUUAAGUGAAGUUCUUGAAAGUCAAUUAAAUCACAGGCAGGAAUAUAUUUAUGUUUGUAUGUUGAAUUUAAAAGAUGAUCUUAAUACUGAUUACUUUAAAACUUGUUUAUCAAUAUGACACCUGAACAGAUUCAGACCUUUUAUGAAAAUUAAUUUGUUUUAAUACCACAUUGAGGCGGCUAUUGAAAGUAAAUCGGACUUUCUUAAAUUCCUGUGAAAAUUGUUUAGAAUCCUUUUAUGAUUGAGAAUGAUGUCCCAAUAUUGUUAAAAUGUUAAAAGUUACUGUUUUGGAGUUGACAGGGGUAAAGCAAGGGAACAAGCAAUUUUUUGUGCCACUAACAAUAAAAUUAAUUCACCUAUGGAGGUGAAUUAAUUUUGUUGUUAACUCUUUAUUAGAGCCGAUGUCUUAACAAAAAGAUAACGCUUUUUUUCUGAACAACUGAUUUUUCUUAACAAAGAUAUUUAACAAAAACAAUAACAACACUUUGUUAAUUCAACACAACUUUAACGUUAACAAUGGUUAAUCAACAGAAUUGCUUUACGCAGAAUUUAACAAUUUUUUGUUAAUUUAACUAUGAUUUCAUUGUUAAAUAUUUAACAAAAGUUUUGAACAACUGGGCCCUAGUCUUAUAAUUGCAGUAUUGUCCGUUUUAACAAACUUGUUGCAUUUUAUACAUUUGUAAAAUGUGAUAAAAUUAAUAUAAUCAUUCGAUCAUUAAAUUUGUAUUACAUCGCAACAUUUACAUUACCAUAUAUUAUCUGAUCGAAAUACUUAAUCGAAUCUUACAAAAGUAUUAAAUUUAACAGUUAUGGAGGAAGCUUUCACUACUUGUGCGCAUAAAGAUAAAUUCAACGGAAACAACAAAUAAAGAUAAGAUGAUUUGAUACUCUCUGUCAAUUUACAAAAACGUAGAUAAUUGGAUGGAGUGGCCAAUUCCCCUAACAAGAAGUUGUUACUUACACUUGAAAUAAUAGUCAUAUCUAACUGAAGACUAGCUUUUUAAGCAACGAAUUAUUUUUUCAAUAUAUAAAUAGAUACAAAUUGUUUUUCUAUAAAUAUAAAAAACGGAUACCAAUAUUAAAAUGUAUAGGAUUUUCUAUAAUCUGUGCUCAAUAUUUUUUGUUAUAUCAUCAACAGUUAUCGUACCCGGCAACGGUGAUGAUGGUUUGCGUGAGUGUGGCAUAUUGAAGAUUGACAAACCAUCAAUACUAGGAAGGAAUGUGACAAUUUCUUUUACCCCCGACACGUAUGAUCCAAAUGCAAUUCUAGAAUGGCAGCGCAGCUCGAAUGGAAUAGAUCAAUGGCAAACGCUCCCUUUCAACAACAAGUUUACACAAUAUGAGAAAAAAGCGACUUACCACCUGAUAAUAAUAGACAGUGAAGUAAGCGAUAAUAAAUUUUACCGUGCUCAUUACUAUAAUGAGACAAUACACUGCUGGAUGGACGCUGGGUACCCUAAUCUUGAAGCUAUUUUCAAUUUGUGUGGAGUCGUCUUCCUCAGAUCUGAAAAGGUGGUUGAGAAUGGGACCGCAGAAAUCGAAUAUUAUCCGUCAGGUAAUGUGAUGAGAAAUAGCGGUAGUUUCACACGUGAAUGGAAACAUAUCGUCGGAAGGACAAGCAAAACAUUGAAAUUGACUGAUGGCAAUUACCAAGAGACGUUGGAGCAAAACAAUAAAUAUGUGUUGACAAUUUAUAUGUUCAAUAUUUCUAUGAAUGGAGAGUAUCGUGUUUAUUGUGGCGGCUCUGAAGAAGCAUUAUACACAGAUGAAAUAACCGUGUACUUACCAGGUGACUAUAGUUUGAGUAAGUGUGGUCGAUUGAGUAUUGACAAACCCACAAUACUUGGAAGGAAUGUGACAUUUUCUUUUACCCCCACCACGUAUGAUCCACAUGCUAUUCUUAGAUGGGGUAAAAGCAUGAAUGGAAUAAAUCAUUGGCUAGCGCCGCUAAGGUCAACCAAAAAGAAGAGACUAUAUGAGGAAAAUAUGAUUUACUAUCUUAUAAUAAUGGACAGUGACAAAGACAACGAGGUAUUUUACCGUGUCAAAUAUCAUAAUGAGAGAUUAGAUUGCGAUGUAUACGCUGGGAAACUUUCGCUUGAAGAACCACCAAGUGAACCUAUAAUAAUUGGAUUACAAGACAUAGAAAAUGACUACUUUUGUUGUGGGAUCGGGAGAUUUCGAUUUCCCUUAAAAUACAUGCGGGUUCCCGCCCUAAAAUGUUACCAUGAAAAUGGGAAAAUAAAUCAAACCCCUCACAAAAUAAUUUCAAAACCUUUAGGUAUUUUUCACAGUGGGACCGUACACUGA